AUGUUCAAAAGGCAGCCGCUGACAGCCGUCUCAGCGGUCAGACCGCAAUGCCCUGUCAGCCUUCGUGUGCAGUCGGCACGCUACCUCAGCGACAUCAGAAGAGCCGACCGCCAAAGAGGCCAGGAAAAGGCUCCAACACCAUGCGUAUGCUCGAACGCACCUCUCUGCUACGACAAUCAUGAUUGA